CAAACGGUUCGCUCCCUUUCAAACUGGCAUGUUACAAGCUGUCUGUCUAGUUUUUAUCUAGUAUCCAAGGUAUGAGAUGCAGAAUUAGUAUUAAACAUAACCAUGGAAACGAACAGAUAAAACCGCCACAAAAAGAGUUCACAAUGGAGGUACUGAAACUUUUAAUACAACGCAACACUGUGAGAUCAAUGGGCUUUCGCUCUGGUCAGUUCUCGCCCUUGGAGAGCUUUUCAACCAGCUGUCAAUGGCGAACGCGCAAAAAGGUCAGUCAAUACAGCACAGUGGACACAGAACGAUACUCCUCUCUGGUGCGAACAGUAAUGUCCUCAAAAACCAGUUCUCAGACUUCUGCAAGCAUUGAUGAGGAUAAGGACUAUCAGUUGUACGGUCCAGUUAUAAGAUCCAGACCACCUUCUCAACAGCACAAAGUACCUAAAAACCUGCACCCACUCUUAAAUCACGCCAAAGCUCAUUCGGAGUAUGUGUCGGGACAUUUGGCUCGUGUAAUAUUGCAGAAGGACCCUAGUAAACCAUCUAUAUCCAGUGUGACCCGGAUCUUGCAGAAGACCAUGCCACCUGAGCAAGCCUUUUACCUGGAGAGGUGGAAGAGAAGGAUGAUUGCUAAACUCGGAGAAGACGGGUUUAAAGAAUACAGCUUAAAUAUUUUCAAACAGGGAAAGCUAUUUCAUGCUGCUGUUGAGGAGAGUUUGACGCCAGAAACCUCCCCUAAGGAAGACAUGGAGUGUCCAUCAGAGGUGGCCGGAUGCAUGGAGAGUGUAUCUCAUGUGUUGAAUGAAAUAACAGGAGUGAGAGCUAUUGAGAGUGCUGUGCAUCAUUCAAGAUUGCAGUACCUGGGCAUAGUUGAUUGUGUUGCCCAAUACAGAGAUUCAUUGUGUGUCAUUGAUUGGAAGACCUCGGAAAAGCCGAAACCUUUUCUUCACAAUACCUAUGAUAAUCCUUUGCAAGUAGCUGCAUACAUUGGGGCUUUGAACAGUGACAGCAACUACAGCUACCAGGUAGAAAACGGGUUAAUUGUGGUGGCCUACAAAGAUGGAUCACCAGCACAUGCUCACUUCAUAAACUCUGAGCAGAUUAAGCCAUUUUGGGAGAAAUGGCUCCUUCGACUUGAAGAAUAUGCCGUAAAAUAGGUGACCUUCUACUGAACUAGUAUAACACAACUAGGCAGACGCUUUUGAAUUUUGGAAUAUUUCUACACAGUGUGUAGUUGAAAAUGUUUUUAUUUUUCAUUUAAUAAAAGAAUAAAUACUUUUGUAUUCCAA